CUCCCAGAAGACUCAGUAUGUGGCCGACCAUCGUGGGGUGAGGACAUCUGCUGGAUAGAAGGCGAGAGAACCCCAGGAUACAACAGAAGCCGGCAGGAUAUACCACAAGAGACCAGGAUAGACAACAACAGCAACCAGGAUAGAUGAGAAGCAACCCCAAGAUAGACAGCGAUAGAAUAACACAAUAGACCAACUAACAGGAUAGAAUAAACACCCAAAACAGGAUAGAAUUAAGAAGAAAAAACCCCACAACGAAACAAGGAAAGACGAGAUUUCUAUAAACCAUGAUGGGCGUGCGGGCGUGGCGGUGGGCGGCGAUGGUGAUGACAGUGGUGGUUAUGGCGGGCGUGGCUGAGUCUUUACGCUGCUAUAAGUGUAACAACUGUAUUAAAUAUGAACUGAGUCAAUCCCAAACCUGCGGCCCUCAAGACACACAUUGUAUGAAAAUGAACAUGGAAACCGGCCAAGUGAAGAGAGCCUGUGGGACGGAAGACAUGUGUACCAACAGCGAGACAAAACUGAAGACGAAGUACACUGGAGUCGCCUGCUGUACCGGAGACAACUGUAACCCGGCGUCCAGUGCGUCACCCCCUCCUCUCCUGCUCCUGCUGGUGUUGAUGUUCCUGCUUCCUGUGAUGCCUCGCCUUCUGCUGCUCAGCUGUUGAUUGUUUAUUACCUGUACCUCCCCGUCCC